CUAAAGGCUCUUUUCAGAGCCACCCACAUUUUCAUCAAGAGCAGCUGUACCAGUGUUUCAGCUGAUGUUGGUUUACCCGUCUUAGUCUUCAAGGGUUUAGGCCAGAGGGAUUAAGGGAGACAGGCGGUCGCACGUGGCGGCUAGUGAAGCCAUGAAACCAGAACGCGUGGUGCUUUGUCGACUGGCAGACGCUAGAGGGAGCAGUAAAGGCAUAGUCUAGGCAGUUCCUGCCAAGUCCGCCUUUUACUUUGCGCUCUGGCUUGUGGGCAUUUAAAGUCCAGAUCGCCAGUCUUCAAUAAUAAGGGGAAAACAUGCAAAAAGAUGGAAUCUACAUAAGCAGUCGUCUAUAACACGUUGCAAGAUGCUCCUACAAGGUGCACUCUGAAUAUAAAAGUUAACACUAUUUGAAAACAAACAUCCUGUGUGGUAACUGUUGGGAUGGGAAUCUGGGUCAGAUGAGAGGUGAAAUCGUCUUGCUCCAAGUAGUUCAACCCGAUUUAAACUCAGGAAAAGAAUGGGGGCAGAAGAUACUGCGAUGGGUCCUGAAUGUGUAAGAUCCGACCGGAUGGACAUGGGUGGAGACAAGUUCCUUUAAAAUACUAUGAAACCUCUCUUGGUUCGCGUUGGAAAGUGUUACAAAUCUUGUUUCAGACUAUCUUCCUUAUUGUUUAAUAUAGGCGGUGCAAACCGGAGUUGGAAUUGAUUUCCUUUGUUUCCUUACGUGUGGGCUGAAGUAUUAUUGUUCUCCCCUCCCCUCCCCCCGCCAAAAAAUUCCACAAAGUAUAUAGGUGUAAAAGAUGCAGAAAUACGUUAACUUGUCUUUAGUUGGCGCUGCAGAUCUUCCUUAUACAGCUCUCCAACUGAAAGUGCAAACCAACUCACACACACAGAAAAAUCCCAAACAGGUGAAACUACCUCUCUACGUAAUUUACUGGUUAGGGUGAAAUUGAACCUUUUGAUUGGCUAUUAAGGCUUUUGUUCUAAAGACCACUAAGGAAGAGCAAGCCGAAGGCUGUGUACGUGAACUCCACCCCUCUAUGACGACACUAUUGUAAAUUAGCCAAUAAAAACGCAGCACUGUGGUGAGUCCUUAUUUGCAUAUAGGCUCUAUAAGUAACGCAGCCGCAGCUCGUUGUCACAGACUCUGGAUUGCGUUUUCUGGGUAGUGGUGGUUUUCACGGAGAAAUGCCGGAUCCUGCGAAGUCGGCUCCAGCUCCUAAGAAGGGCUCCAAAAAGGCUGUUACGAAGGUGCAGAAAAAGGAUGGUAAGAAACGCAAGCGCAGCCGUAAGGAAAGUUACUCCGUUUACGUGUACAAGGUGCUGAAGCAGGUCCACCCGGACACCGGCAUCUCGUCCAAGGCCAUGGGCAUCAUGAACUCCUUCGUCAACGACAUCUUCGAGCGCAUCGCCGGGGAAGCGUCCCGCCUGGCGCAUUACAACAAACGCUCGACCAUCACGUCCCGGGAGAUCCAGACGGCCGUGCGCCUGCUGCUGCCCGGCGAGCUGGCCAAGCACGCCGUGUCCGAGGGCACCAAGGCCGUCACCAAGUACACCAGCUCCAAGUAAGGGCAUGCAAGAGAUGGAGUGGAUCUGCUGUUUUCCCCCUAAAGGCUCUUUUCAGAGCCGCUUAAGUUAUCUUAAGAAGGCGGCUGUUAACAUUUUGAGGUG